CUAUCAGUGCUGGAUGUUUACAUGAGUCGUGUAUGCUGUUAUCAGUAUAGGUUGGUGUCUUAACUAUUCUUCCGCCCGUUUAUGUAAUUUCCCCAACGGUUCUCCGUCCGUCGGAAAAUGUAAAAAAAGGGGAUGCGGGAUGCUCCGAUGAGGCGAGAUGUUCUGCCUUAGGGUUAACUGCAGAAGCAUAUUCUCAGGGUUCGUCUUCAAGUGUAACUCGGCGAGGAUGUCAUCCAGGGAGGUCACCUUUCCCAAAAGCAUCGAGGGCUUCGGCUACAAGUUCAACGAGCAGGGCAGGUUGAGGAAGUUGGACAAACAGACAGGCGAGAUCACGGAAAACCCUUUCGAGUUUAACGUUUCCACCGAUUCUUCCUACAACCAACGACACUACGAAGCUCUGGGAGAGACCAUAACACAUUAUGUUUACGACUUGCUCGAAAGUGAGGGAUUGCGUAGACUUCCACUUCCUAAAGACGAGAACAACGCCUCUUUUAUUUUCUGCACUGAAAACGUAGACAGCGCGGAUAAGCUCAUAAUCCUCAUCCAUGGCAGCGGAGUAGUCAGAGCUGGACAAUGGGCCAGAAGUCUAAUCAUCAACGACUGUCUGGAUUCGGGCACUCAGAUUCCUUACAUUAAGAAAGCGACACAGCUGGGUUACGGUGUAUAUGUCUUGAACACCAAUGACAACCAUAGAGUGGUCGACGGGAAUAAACAAUCAAUACCUGGCAGCAGCUCUCCACAGGAACAUGCAAAUACAUUUUGGAAUAACUAUAUUAGUGAAUCACGGGCUCAGAAAAUAGCGAUUGUUGCUCACAGCUUUGGAGGCAUUGUUACAAUGAGUCUUGCAUCUCAAUUUGAAGAAGACUUCCUAAAUAGGGUUUUUGCAAUCGGUUUAACCGACUCUGUCCACGGAAAAAUCCCUAGAGCUGUUUCUUCAGUACUUGCUGAUCAUUUAUCAAAGAUUGGUAGAAAUUGGGUGUCAAGCACUGACCCUUUAGACUCUCCUCUUCCAGAACAACCUGGAGAAAUUCAGUGCGUUUCAGCAGGGAUAGCAAAACAUGAACUUACAUCUUGGUAUUGCAUCGGAUCGCUCUUUAAAUUUUUAGAAGAAAGAUCCGAUCUGCGGGUUGUAUCUGCGCAGGAAAGUUUAUGACAAGGGCGUUAUUCAUGCUGCAUUAAUUACAUAAUGUCGAAGGACAACCUUCUUUUCAAUGUUUGAGCUUUUGACCGUUUUUCGAACCUUUCAAAACCACCUUUAGUUCCCUUUUGGUGUUGUGACUGCUGUCGAUUUACAUAUGAAAUUUAAUACGUCUAGUAUAUACAUAAUAGUUCGGCUCGUGAAAGUUUCUAACAUUUCGUCGUAGUUUUAUUGUGGCGUAACGAAAAAACAAAAAUCGGUUCGAAUGAAUUCAAUUUAAUGCAGCAUGCUGGAAAUCACCUUGACAUAAAAUCGCAAGACUGUUGAGGCUAAAAGGAUCAAAUUUGAUAAAAAUGGAAGAACGUUUAAGCUAUAAAAUAUUACUAUUAUUAAGAGAAUAUCCUUAUAUAUAUAAUAAUAAAGGUAGUUUAGUUUUACAUAAACAUAAUCAAAUAUCGAUUGGUUUAAUAUCUUUAAAAUCAAACGGAAAGUUAAAAAGAAAGUUUUUACUUAAGAGUUUACGAGUUUGUGACUUGGUGGCUGUGAAAAGAACAGGAUGUUAAAAUUAAAAACGCUCUGUAGCAUAAAAUCACUUUAGCGCUAAUUAGUACAAGCUCAGUCAAAGGAAUAUCGCUAAAUAUCAAAACUAUUGAAUGUUAUGUAAAUAAUUUUUGUUUUAUAAGACUUUUUCAAAUUAAUAAUGCUGAGAGUGGUCAAGCACAAAGAACAAAAUUCUCUAAUCCUAAGUGGCCUAGUUGGUAUGGAAGUUUUUAUAAUUAUUAAUAACUUCAAGGAUAGAUUUGAAUAUAUUUUAUAAGUAGUUAUAUUAAUGUAUUAGUUUACAAGUUGGCAAGGAUUUUUUCCCUGUGUAAUGUGAUGUGUGUUUAUUUUAGUUAAUAAAUAAGUUAAGAUAUUUGUGGUUAAUUUUAAUUAAAUAUAAAAUGUUUUGUUUUUGUUAACAAAAUUAUCUAGUGAAAUGUGAAAUAGAUAAGGUGAUGAACUUAUAGCUUGAUCGUCUCUAAUCAUCGUACAAAUACUAAUUUCCAUGUCUGUCUAUACGUACAGACAACUACUAAAAUUGGUGAAAACACAUCUGUCAAAAACAGUUAAGAAUAAGCAAAUCAGGAUGAUA